CAAGGGUCAGCAGGCGGAGGUACGCCCAAGAUGGCGGCCUCCAUGUGCGACGUGUUCUCCUUCUGCGUGGGCGUGGCGGGCAGAGCCCGGGUAGCCGUGGAAGUCCGCUUCGUGAGCAGCGCCAAGGGAAAGGGGUUGUUUGCCACACAGCUGAUCCAGAAGGGGGAGACCAUAUUCAUCGAACGGCCCCUGGUGGCUGCACAGUUUCUCUGGAAUGCACUUUAUCGCUACCGAGCCUGUGACCACUGCCUUCGGGCACUGGAGAAGGCAGAGGAGAACGCCCAGAGACUGACUGGGAAACCAGGCCAGGUUUUGCCUCACCCUGAGCUGUGCCCUGUGCGCAAGGACCUGCACCAGAAUUGUCCCCACUGCCAGGUGACGUACUGCAGUACAGAAUGUCUGCUAGCCGCAGCUGAGCAAUACCAUCGGGUCCUGUGCCCAGGCCCCUCCCGGGAUGACCCCCUGCAUCCUCUCAAUAAGCUGCAGGAGGCAUGGAGGAGUGUUCACUACCCCCCUGAGACUGCAAGCAUCAUGUUGAUGGCCCGGAUGGUGGCCACAGUGAAACAGGCUAAGGAUAAGGAUCGUUGGAUCAGGCUCUUCUCCCAGUUCUGUAAUAAAACCGCCAAUGAGGAGGAGGAAAUUGUCCACAAACUCCUGGGGGACAAAUUCAAGGGCCAGCUGGAGCUUCUGCGGAGACUCUUCACAGAGGCCCUUUAUGAGGAAGCACUCAGCCAGUGGUUCACUCCGGAUGGAUUCCGGUCUCUCUUUGCUCUUGUUGGGACCAAUGGCCAAGGAAUUGGGACCAGCUCCCUGAGCCAGUGGGUGCAUGCCUGUGACGCUCUGGAGCUGAAGCCUCAGGACCGUGAGCAGCUGGACGCCUUCAUUGACCAGCUGUACAAGGACAUCGAGACAGCAACUGGUGAGUUUCUUAACUGUGAAGGAUCUGGCCUCUUUGUGCUGCAGAGCUGCUGCAACCACAGCUGUGUCCCCAAUGCAGAGACCUCCUUCCCAGAAAACAACUUCCUUUUGCAUGUCACCGCCCUGGAGGAUAUUAAGCCAGGAGAGGAAAUCUGCAUCAGCUACUUAGACUGCUGUCAGCGGGAGCGCAGCCGCCACAGCCGCCACAAGAUCCUCAGGUGCCAGCUGGGGGUGUGGUGGGAAGCCGGGCUCUGGGCUUCUCCGUGCUGGUGGCUGCCUGACUUUGUACCCUCACCAUCAUCCCCCCCACCCUCUGCAGGGAGAACUAUCUGUUUGUCUGUUCCUGCCCCAAAUGUCUGGCAGAGGCUGAUGAACCCAACAUGACCUCUGAGGAGGAGGACGAUGAAGAGGAUGAGGAAGGAGAGCCGGAAGAUGCUGAGCUGGGGGAUGAGAUGACUGAUGUGUGAUGUCAUCCUGCCUGGAAGUGGUCCUACCCCAGACCCUGCCAGAAGAGGGGACCUUCCCCCAGAGCAGAGGCUUGGAAGGAACUCCCACUCCUGUUGCCUGCUUUCCCCCCAUGCCAGCUCUGUUUCUUCCAGAGGGUAAGACAGGCUGGACCCUAGGCCCUCCACCUCCCGCCAGACCUCAUGCCCAGGACACUGCUGUUGAGCGGCUCAGGCUCUGCGCUGUCACUGAGCCUCUCAGAACUGGCCUCCCCCUGAGGUAUGGGUGUAAGUGGCUGGAACCAAGGUCAGGGCCUAACAGUGUUUCUUCCCCUUGGCCCCAUGGCCCCACUUACUCAUCCACCUAAGGCUUCACCCUUCUCAACUCACUGUUGGUGGGGUGGUGGUUGGGUCACAAAGUGGCAACCUGCGAACAGCCUGACUCCAUUGAAGAAGAGAGGGGGUUAGACACCCUUACCCUCUUCCCCACUAGCACAGCUGGGAGAGGCAAGAGGGAGGAACUGGGCCUCCAGAGCACCUUCUCUAAGGCUUUCUGUGGGGGACACUGAACCAGGGGCAUUACCUCCCUCUGCUCACCUCCCCACACCCACCAUUUAGACAUCCGGGGAGUAGAGAAUCUCCCCAGACCCCAGAAUCUGUCCUUAUGCCUUGCCUCUCAGGCCCUGGCACAGUGGCUGGCCUCACAGGGUGUGGAAGAGGUCUCUGCCUCCCUUGGGAGGGACGUCAUGACCCCUUCCUCCCACCUUCCUCCCACUGAGGACUCUAGCAGCAUGGCUGAGUUCUGGGGGAUGAAAGGCCUGUGCUCCUUAAUUUAGGAUGUCCUAGAAUCUUCUAGAGCAUGGGUCAGUGAGGGGCUCUCUUAGUCUCAGUCUCCAUCUUUAGGAUCAUUUAGGAACACUGAAGUCUUCCAGAAACCUAGGAGAGCUAGGCUAGAUACUCAGAUUAGCCCUGACUCUCUCCCUCUCCUCCCCAGAUUAGCACUACCCCUUACUCUUGGGUUGGAAGCUGUGGAAAUUGUAACCUAUCACCUGCAAUUCCUUUCUGCCUACCUUUCCUGAGGGGCUGCCACAUGCCCCUGCUGAGGGAUCCCAGGGAGGGCAGGUGCCGCCCCACAGGCCCUUUCCUGCAUCGUGAGCCAGGUGGAAUCUGCCUGUCUGGCCUAUUGGGUUCUUAAUCCUUCACAGUAGCCAGCACCCCCUCCUCCCCACCUGCCCACUGUUCUCAAUAAAAUAUGAGUGGUGA